GGCAACUAAAAAAGUUCUUCACAUUCUGUUGAUAAUUUUAGUUUUUUGUUUGUUUUAAGCUAAAAUUCUUACAUACAGCACCUUUAAGGUUAGGAUAAGUAUCCAGGAAAUUAAUGUAAGCCAAUGUAAUGUCCUCUGAAGUGAUAGAAGUGUGUGUGUGUCUAUGUAGUAGUAGUAGUAAUGGUCGGUGCGUCUGUCUGGUCUCGCUCCAUACACGGGCUCGAGCGCUCCACUGCGGACUCGCGCGGGGUUCCUCUCCAUAUAUGACCCGAGUAGCGCGCGAGCCUCCAUAUAUGACCCGAGCGGCGCGCGAGCCUCCAUGCGGCGGUCCAUAUAUGGACGAAGGGCCGGUUGAAUUCCUGUCGAACACCCGGACAUUCCUAUCGGCUGUCUGGGGGAGACGAAAGAAAAAAAACAAAAAACAGCCCGGGUGGUAUGGAGGAGAAGGGGUAUAUAAGCACCCCGGUGGUGGCUGCUGUCACCCCCGCCUUCAGCUGGAACCAGCAGCGGUUAAAGUACCCUCACUGACAGCCGGAGACAAGCAGAGAACCCGCAGCCAUGUGUGACGACGAUGAGACCACCGCCCUCGUGUGCGACAACGGUUCCGGCCUGGUGAAGGCUGGCUUCGCCGGAGACGACGCCCCCAGGGCCGUCUUCCCCUCCAUCGUCGGCCGCCCCCGUCACCAGGGUGUGAUGGUCGGUAUGGGUCAGAAGGACUCCUACGUGGGUGACGAGGCCCAGAGCAAGAGGGGCAUCCUGACCCUGAAGUACCCCAUCGAGCACGGCAUCAUCACCAACUGGGACGACAUGGAGAAGAUCUGGCACCAUACCUUCUACAACGAGCUGCGCGUGGCCCCCGAAGAGCACCCCACCCUGCUGACGGAGGCCCCCCUCAACCCCAAAGCCAACAGGGAGAAGAUGACCCAGAUCAUGUUUGAGACCUUCAACGUCCCAGCCAUGUAUGUGGCCAUCCAGGCCGUGCUGUCCCUCUACGCCUCCGGUCGUACCACCGGUAUCGUGCUGGACUCUGGUGAUGGUGUGACCCAUAACGUGCCCAUCUAUGAGGGCUACGCUCUGCCUCACGCCAUCAUGCGUCUGGAUCUGGCUGGUCGUGAUCUGACUGACUACCUCAUGAAGAUCCUGACUGAGCGUGGCUACUCCUUCGUCACAACUGCUGAGCGUGAGAUCGUGCGUGACAUCAAGGAGAAGCUUUGCUACGUGGCUUUGGACUUUGAGAAUGAGAUGGCCACCGCUGCCUCCUCCUCCUCUCUGGAGAAGAGCUACGAGCUGCCCGACGGUCAAGUCAUCACCAUCGGCAACGAGCGUUUCCGCUGCCCCGAGACCCUCUUCCAGCCCUCCUUCAUCGGUAUGGAGUCUGCUGGUAUCCAUGAAACCGCCUACAACAGCAUCAUGAAGUGUGACAUCGACAUCCGUAAGGACCUGUACGCCAACAACGUGCUGUCCGGUGGCACCACCAUGUACCCGGGUAUCGCUGACCGCAUGCAGAAGGAGAUCACAGCUCUGGCUCCCAGCACCAUGAAGAUCAAGAUCAUUGCCCCUCCUGAGCGUAAAUACUCCGUCUGGAUCGGCGGCUCCAUCCUGGCCUCCCUCUCCACCUUCCAGCAGAUGUGGAUCAGCAAGCAGGAGUACGACGAGGCCGGUCCCAGCAUCGUCCACCGCAAGUGCUUCUAAACACG